AUGAGGUUUGCAGUUGGGCAACUGGAAAUGCUGGGUGGUGGACUCGAAGUUGGUGAGGCGGAAAUGUCCGAGCAACAACAGCUCACAGGAGAUCUGGAUUUUGGGGCCAUGAACAAGGCCAACAAACGAAAACUUGCUAUGUACGCUGAGGCCAGUCCUGGGUGCACCGUUUACGUGAUUCUGAAGAUGGCCAAGCCGCUCUUGCGGCUUCUGUGUGGGUUCAUUUGGUUGAGCAGUGAACAGUUUGAUAUCUGCCAGGACACGGCAGCUGCCAGGAAUGACCCUCGAUCCUACAGAGUUACUGAAGCUGCUCAGCAAACCUAUUUGAGCAAGUUCAGGCAGCAGGUUGAUCACCUCAUGCAGACCGAGCAUAUGUUGCUGCCCGCCACUGGCUGCACAGUGGCCAUGCGUGCAUUAAUGUUUCGAUUGCUUUCACGCUGUUCCUGUGCCGUUCACCAAUAUCUGACUGUGUCACAUCGGAAUUGCCCAUACCGUGUCUUCAAGGCAUUGACUGGGCAAGCAACGGAGGUUGAGGACAUUCCACUCUGCCUCCAAGAUGACCUGACCAAAGCAAUCCUUGCGGAUUUUCCGACUUACAGCGAAUUGCAAUCGGAGGAGUGCCAACAAAUACUUUCCUCCAUUGCACAUUCAUUCCAACUUGACAUUCUGAACAUAGAAGCUGCUCAUGCUUCAACACGCCGUUUGAUAACGUUGAGGUCGGUCCAGACGUGGGCCUUGUCAAUGGAACAGCUCAAUGCGGAGUGGGUCUUGAGGAGUUUGGUCUCCUUGAGGGAACCUUUCAUGCCCUCUGGCCUGAUGUCUGUGAAUUAUCAGAUGAGGAAGAAACGGAAGCGCCAGGAGGCUGCUGCACAUCAGCCCAAGAUUCGAGAUGACGGCAAACAAAAAAUCGGACAUGGGGGCACUUGGAGAGCGUUUAUGCAUCGAAAUUUGAAAGGCGUCAAGUUCAAGCAGGCCAGCAGGGACACUGAGUGGUCACUGUUGGAGCAUCUGGGUUUGCUCGCGACUCUUGCUGGACAGCAGGGAGCAGUGCCAUUUCCAGCAGUGCCCAAAGCACAAGGGCCAAACCCACACAUCCUUCAGGACGACUCCGGCUCCGGGGCUGUGGUUCCUUUUGAAACAACAGGUGAUGUGGUGCAAGCAGAACUGCGACAACUUAAGCAGGAGUCUCGAGUGCAACGUUCGCUUGGGGAGACGGAACGUGAACAGAUGGCAGCCGAUGUUGUGGAGGCUUCCAAGAUGCAUCACGACCUGCUCAGUGCUCAGCAGGGUCAGUCUUCUGCCUUGGUUGGUGCCUUGGGUAGUGGGGCUUAUCGCUGCCUGCCAGGGCACUUUGGUCAACCGGAUGUGGCCUACUUCAGUGCGCCAGCCGAUCUGUUGGUGAAGGAGGUCUUCAAGCAGACUUCGUCGGUUCGCAAAAAGUAUGGCCACGGAUUGUGGACCGCUUUGAUGACUGAGUGGCAGUCACUUAAUCGACUGGUUCGACAUUCUGAACACGAAGCUGUACAGGUGGGUGAGACUUCGAAGUCGAUGUGCCUCGAGCAGGGCACAUGUGUCUGCAAGAGCUCUGUGUGGCAUUACCAUUGCAAGUUCGUUGCUUUGAUGUGCAAGCCGCACUUCCUGCCCAAGCGUGACAGUAACCAAUCGAAAGCACGAGCCCAGGGCCCAGAAACCAUCCCACAGCCAGCAGGUCCAUCGGCCCGCUUGACAGGAUCUGCGCCAAGCGAACCCAAGGUCAAGAAGAAAGCUGUGAAAACACCCCACCGUAUCUUGGCGGAGCAAGGCUUCUUGGUGGUUCGUGUCUCAGCUUGCAAGGGGAGGAUCACAUGGCACGCGGACAACUCUUGGGUGCAGCUUGCAGCCAGAAGUGCAGGCCGUGGAGACCAGUCUGCCGAGCUUCCUGCUAUCACAGAUGGUCAGACAGGUGUGGAGCAAGAGGAG